CAGCCAGGCGGCGCACAGUCCCGCCGUGCUGCCGUAUGAGAGCACGGUUUCGAUUAGCAUCUUUCCAUGGACCGUUACGUAAUAGAUUUAAGGUUUUCAUUAGGUCCUGCUGUCUGUUGUUCAUUGUUAGGUCCACAGGGGUCUCACGCCAUCCGUCAUGUCCCGGGGGUUUGAUCACGAGAUCUGAGAACUUUCUACCUGCGAAUGUUUAAAGAAACGAAACCAACUCGACAUGAUGCUCUGAGAAACAUUAGGAUAUCCUGCAUCCACAUUCUCAAAACGAGUAGUUUGGUUUCCUUGUGGUUUUGUGUAGUUUCUUCCUAAAAGCGGAAGUAACCCGCCUUUAGAUCGGCGUCGCCGCUGUUGUUUAUAAACGACAGGUUCCUGUUUUUCAGACCAUGGCAAACGAGCACUCGCCUCUUCUUGUUCACGGGGUGUACAGCAUGAUGGGAGAUGCUGAAGAUUCCAGGGGUGGAUCAGCAGUGACAGGAGAGGGAUCCCCCAAAUCAAACCCCCGCAAACUCAACACCUUCUUUGGUGUCAUGGUGCCCACCAUCCUCUCCAUGUUCAGUAUUGUGCUCUUUCUUCGCACAGGUUUUGUUGUGGGCCAGGCCGGUCUUCUCCAUGGUCUCCUCAUGCUGUGUGUGGCCUACUUCAUCAUUUCAUUGACAAUCCUGUCAAUAUGUGCUAUUUCAACUAAUGGAGCUGUGGAAGGGGGCGGGGCCUAUUUCAUGAUCAGUCGUUCUCUGGGGCCAGAGUUUGGAGGCAGUAUCGGCCUGAUGUUUUACUUGGCGAAGGUAUGUGCAUGUGGCGUCUAUGUACUCGGCCUGGUGGAGGCCAUACUGGACGUCUUCGGGAAGGAUCCUGGCUCUGCUGUGUCACAGGGGCUACGAGUGUUGCCGCAGGGUUACUGGUACACCGUGUUGUACUCCUCUGUAGUGCUGUUGCUAUGUCUGGUGGUGUGUCUGGUCGGUGCUCAUAUCUACGCCAAAGCCUCUUUUAUCAUUCUGCUGGUGGUGACGGUGUCACUGAUUUCCAUCAUCAUCAGCCCCCUUAUAGUCAGUCCACAGCGCUUCAACAUCACACACACAUACGGCAACAACCACAGCGUCACUGUCAACCCCAGCUACACAGGCUUCAACGGCACUACAUUAAAGAACAACCUUGGACCGCGCUACUCUCUGGACUACAGUACCAACACAAUGAUGUCUUUCGCUACUGUAUUUGCUGUGAUGUUCACUAGCUGCACAGGCAUCAUGGCAGGAGCCAACAUGUCGGGUGAGCUGAAGAACCCCAGUGAGUCAAUACCUAAAGGGACCAUCAUAGCGGUGUCCUACACCUUCUCUGUCUACCUGCUUCUCUUCCUGCUCCUGAGCUCUACCUGUGACAGGUUGUUGUUGAUCAAUGAUUAUGCAGUGUUCCAGCGUGUGAACGUGUGGCCUCCGUUGGUGACGAUUGGGGUGUACUGCGCGUCUCUCUCAGCUGCUAUGUGCUCCAUGAUAGGAGCUUCCCGAAUCCUCCACGCUCUUGCUCUGGACCAGCUUUUUGGUCUGCCUCUGGCUCCGGCUGCAGUCACCUCCAGCUCUGGGAACCCAUGGGUGUCUGUGCUCUACACCUGGGGCCUGGUGCAGUGUACACUGUUUGCUGGACAGCUGAAUGUGAUUGCUGGUAUCGUGACAGUAUUUUACCUGUUGGCGUAUGCUGCGGUUGAUUUGGCCUGUCUGGCUCUGGAAUGGGCUUCCGCUCCAAACUUCAGGCCCACAUUUCAGUUUUUCUCUUGGCACACAUGUUUGUUGGGUAUUGUCAGCUGUGUGGUAAUGAUGUUCGUGAUAAACCCAGUGUAUUCCUCGGCCAGUAUCGUCCUGCUGCUGCUCCUCCUGCUGAUCCUGCACUACCGCUCUCCCACCAGCAGCUGGGGCUACAUCAGCCAAGCACUAAUCUUCCAUCAGGUGAGGAAGUACCUUCUGAUGUUAGACUCCCGUAAGGAUCAUGUGAAGUUCUGGCGGCCUCAGGUCUUACUGAUGGUUGCGAACCCACGCUCCUCCUGUCAGCUCAUCUGCUUUGUCAACCAGCUGAAGAAAGGAGGGCUGUUUGUUCUUGGACAUGUGCAGAUCGGAGAUCUAGACAUGUUGCCCUCUGACCCAGUGCAGCCGCAGUAUAAUUUCUGGUUGAGUCUGGUGGAUAAGUUGGGGGUAAAGGCCUUUGUGGAUCUGACUCUUUCUCCCUCCGUCAGACAGGGCACUCAACAUCUGCUCCGCAUCACUGGACUGGGAGGUAUGAAGCCUAAUACCCUGGUCUUGGGCUUCUAUGACAACUGCUACCCAGAGGACUACUUCCUGCAGGACCCUGUCUUUUGCGAGGGUGAUAGGGGUGAGGGGGAUAAUUUUGGGGUUGACCUCCCAUCCUUACAGGCUCAUUUUCCACUGGUGCGCCAUGCAGAGAGCCCUCGCACGCUGCAGCCCGAGGAGUAUGUGAGCAUCAUCCUUGAUGCCAUAAAAAUGGGCAAGAAUGUUUGUUUAGCCAGGUACUUCUUCCAGCUACCUCCUGAUAGCAAAGGUGCAACAUGCAUUAGGGGAAAUGACAGCGUGGACACCAUCGACGUGUGGCCGACAAACCUACUGUCCCCUGACAGUGCCAGUUACGCAGACGUGUGCAGUCUUUUCCUGCUUCAGAUGGCGUGCGUGUUAAACAUGGCCAGCAGGUGGCGUCGUGCGAGGUUACGUAUAUUCGUCUGUGUGGAGUCUGAAUCGGGAGACCAGGGCUGGCUGGCUAAAGAGGAGCAAUUUAGAGAGUUGCUGGGCAAGCUGAGGAUUCGUGCCUCUAUUAAGAUUGUGGCGUGGGAUAACGUGGCACGCAUGUUUAGAGCGCAAAGCUCAGAUAGGCAAAAAGUGUCUGAAGACUUCCUGUGUGCUGUGAAUGCCCUGCUGAAGCAACACAGCUCUGCAGCAGCGGUGCGCUUCCUGUACUUGCCCCACCCUCCCUCCAGUUCGGAGCUGUCACAGCAGUACCUGACGCAGCUGGACGCAUUGACGCGAGACCUGGGCCCAGCUCUCUUGAUUCACGGGGUCACACCAGUCACAUGUACUGAGCUCUGAGAAACAAUAACCAAAGCGUGUUUGUGUGAUAGAGAGGAAAAUCUGAAAUGUUAGUGAGCGGAAUACAAGUGUACAAGUACUCCUUAAAUGGUGGGUGAUUUUGAAGACCAUCAUAAAUGGGUGGAGUUUGUGCUCUUGGUAAAAAUGUUAUUUAAAGAUGGAUGGAGUGUGUGUUAUUGGUGAAAACGGCUUGUGUUUAUGGGUGUAUACUGCCAAAUCAUGUUGCAUUGUGCGGUUAUUUUUGCAUUCUUCAUGCGUCUCCGUUUGAUCUCAUCAACAGAAAGUUUAGUGUUUUCGUGGAAAGAGAGUGUCUGCAUAUAAAUUUGAAUGGCUAAUGUUCAUUCAAGUGUCAGACAGUAAAUGUAAAUAUUUAAACGGAUCCCAUGAUCCAUGUUUUUGUGUUUGUGCAAGACACUGUAUGGGAAAAAUAACAUUGACUUUAAUUAGGAUGGAAA